AUGACUGACCUCCACCCUGUUUUGUCUCGACUGGGUCUUGCCCAAUAUGUCGAGAGAUUUAGCGAAGAAGGCUUUGAGACUUGGGAAACCGUCCUGGACAUUACCGAAUCAGAUUUGUACGAUCGCUCCCUCUACCUGAAAGUAUUGCAAAGAGAGAUAGCCCAGACGCAGGGUGUGACUAUGGAGCAAUUGCAUUCGUCCUUCAGAUCAGGCCAUCGCGAUCAUCGUCAGAGUAAUGGAGGAGAUGAGAGCAGGACAGACGGCCAGGACGCUACAGGCGCAGGGGGCAAAAGAAAAUAUCGGCGUCACCCCAAGACCGAUGAGAAUGCGCCUGAAAGACCACCAUCUGCCUACGUCAUAUUCUCGAAUAGUGAGCGUCAUCAAUCAAGGCCCCACGAGAUGUUACUGAUAGCAUCAGAGAUACGAGAAGAACUGAAACCCGAAAAUCUGUCGUUCACGGCCAUUGCCAAAAGAGUAGGUGAGCGCUGGCAAGAUGUUUCGGCAGAAGAGAAGGAGCCAUAUGAAUCUGAGGCCUCCGCGGCGAAGGAGAAAUACCAUGCCGAAAUGGCGGAUUAUAAAACCACCAGGUCCUAUAGAGUGUACCAGCAGUACUUGGCGGAAUUUAAAGCCAAGCACGCUACGAAUUCGGGUGGGAAACGGCCAAAGCUCACCCCAGAAGAAACCCAGGAGAGUACAACUAGCAGUGGGAGUGCGGAAUGCCAGCUUGAUGGCAUAGAGUCUUUGUCUGGCAGUAGCGAUCUCAUGCACCGGAGAGUCGGAUCCGUGAGUUCAGGGGGCCUCUAUUCAGCCACUAGUGGACUUCCAUCACCGACAAGUGUUACUUCCGGGGCAGCUGUACGACGUGGAGGUCUGUCAUCCCUUACUCCGCUCGGCAAUACGUCGCCGUUGUCCGCGUCGCCGUCCACACCGUCGGCUCGCAGAGAGUCUUCGACUAGCCAACUGUUUCAUACCUCUGCCCAGGGUCGGCCUUCCGCUGAAAGACAGGAUGAACGAAUGGCGAUGACAUCCUCAGGGCCAGACCAGAGCUAUACCCGCAUCGUGGCACUCGAGAGCAGGGAAGCGCGGAAAUUGCAAGGACAUGGUUCAGGACCGUUCAUUGAACCAAGAAGGUCCGGAGGUCGAAGGAGCCCGCUUGAAAGUCCACGGCGGUCCGCUCGUGUUCCUACACAACCUCAGGAUGUUCCAUCAGAUUCAUCCAAAUCGUCGAUAGGUUCCACGUUGUUGAGUACUGGCACUGCUGCUUCAUCGCUCUACUCGCCUGCCUCGUUUGACGGAGAAAGGAAAUCUGCAUUGUCUCUCCCACCACUCGGCUCGAAUCCGAGCAGUAAGGGUUCGUCGUACGCUGAACCAGCCGCUCGACCAACUCUGCAACCACUUGCUAGCCGGACAGCAUCAUCGUUCGCUCCGGAUCAGCCUGCACAGUCUCCAUUCAAUUCAUCCUCAUCCACAGGUAUGAAGUUCGAGUCUCUUCAACUCCCACUACCAUACAACAUCUCAUUUGGCCAACAUCCGUUGCCACGACCCGACAGCGGCGGUAAACUGGCUAACCUAUUCGAUCUUCAAGAUACCUCGCGGAAGAGGAAUUCACUUCGCGAUUUAAGUCUUGAGCAUGAGCAAGGGGUGGCUACUCCACCGAUCCCACAAGGUCCUCCCGAACCUCGGCACCCUCCGCAUCAUCCCAAUUUACCAUCCUUCCCCUCCCUCUUACGUGAUGACACUCAUGAACCAUUUCCUCACGAUGCGGAUCCACUCGCGGUCCUUGCUUAUGCUGGACGAAUUGUUGGACGUGAACGCGGAACUCCACGACCACAUUGA